UUGUGGAAAACAAUUUGGAUGCGACUUCACACUCUCUUCCCCUCCACAGACACACAAAUAUGAAUUAUCCAAUCCCUCUCUGCCGCUCCUCUCUCUUCUCCAUCUAUCCUUUCUCCUCAGCCCAAACCCUCCCCGCUUAACACCCCUCUCAACAAACAAAACCAAAAAGGAAUCGCCAUGAUUAUAAACCUCUCAUCCUCUCACCCAUCUUCUUUCUUUAUCACCAAAUUGAUCAAUUCAAGGUCACCCAUCUCAGAUUUCCCUCUUAAAUCCAAUACCCACUUCUCCAAAUCACGUCUUUCUUCAAUAUGUGAAUCUCUUUCUCCCAAUUUCCAUUGUAAGAAUCAAUUUUUGUAUGGAAAGACUCUGAUACUAUAUUUAGUUGGGAGAAGACCAAAUUUUAGGACUUGGGCGUUUUCUGGAUUUGAGAGUGCUCAGCCAGUUUUAGAGGCAGCUGCCGUGUUGACAGCUAUCAUUGUUGUUCAUGAAAGUGGUCAUUUUUUGGCUGCUUAUCUUCAAGGCAUACAUGUAAGUAAAUUUGCUAUUGGGUUUGGUCCAAUUUUAGCUAAAUUCAAUUCCAAGAAUGUAGAGUACUCUGUUAGAGCAUUUCCUCUUGGUGGUUUUGUGGGAUUUCCUGAUAAUGAUCCUGAGAGUGAUAUUCCUGUAGAUGAUGUAAAUUUGCUUAAGAAUAGACCAAUCUUUGAUAGGGUUCUUGUUGUUUCAGCUGGUGUGAUUGCCAAUAUAGUAUUUGCUUAUGUGAUAAUCUUUGUGCAAGUAUUGUCUGUUGGAUUGCCUGUGCAAGAGGCUUUUCCUGGGGUGCUUGUGCCUGAGGUUCGAGCCUUUUCGGCUGCUUCCCGAGAUGGGUUGCUCCCGGGUGAUGUUAUUCGUUCCAUUAAUGGGAUUCGAUUACCUGAAAUAGGGCCUAAUUCGGUUUCUCAGGUUGUUGAUGCCAUUAAGAAAAAUCCCAAAAGAAAUGUGUUGCUCAAAAUUGGGAGAGGAGAGCAGGAUUUUGAAAUUGGAGUAAUCCCAGAUGAGAGUUCAGAUGGUACAGGUCGAAUUGGAGUUCAAUUAUCUCCAAAUGUUAAGGUUUCGAAGGUUAGACCAAAAAAUUUCAUAGAUGCUUUGAAUUACACUGGACGCGAAUUCUGGGGUCUGACAUCCAAUGUUUUGGACAGCUUAAAACAGACUUUUCUUAAUUUUUCGCAAUCAGCCAGCAAAGUUUCAGGUCCUGUUGCUAUUAUUGCUGUUGGUGCUGAAGUUGCAAAGUCAAAUAUUGAUGGGCUUUACCAAUUUGCAGCGAUUCUCAAUCUUAACCUUGCGAUAAUAAACCUUCUUCCUUUGCCUGCUUUGGAUGGGGGUACUUUGGCCUUGAUUCUCAUAGAGGCAGCCAGAGGUGGGAGAAAGCUCCCUUUAGAGUUAGAGCAGCGUAUAAUGUCAUCGGGGAUCAUGCUUGUUAUAAUUCUUGGGAUAUAUCUUAUUAUCCGUGACACACUUAACCUUAAUUUUAUCAAAGAUUUGUUGUGAUUACUUGUGUAGCCUGAAGGUUGAACACAAUUCGAGUAGGAAGAACUUUCCAAAGGGAUUGGCAUGAAAUGAGGCGUGGAUGCUGUGGUUGCUUGGCAUGGUUUGUUUCUUCUACAAAGACAUUAUGUGGCUGGUUAUCUUUAGCUCCUCGUUCUUAAUCUGUUUCAGCCAAAAUGGAAUUCCUCAUUUUCAUAUAAGCCUCAUUGUUUAUGCUAUUGGUAAGGUUAUCACCUGUGAGAAAUUAUAUGGAUAUGUUUAAAAUAGCAUUCCUUUAUGGUCCUCAGUUCUUAUAGCUGUUGAAUUCAACAAGUUGGAAGUAUUCUGAUGAUAGCUUUCCUCCGGUGUUAGAUAAUCGAAAAUUUAAGAAGACAAAGGGAGAGAACUUUGGCUAUUUGUCAGUAUAAUCUUUCCUAUUACUCUCUCUCUCUCUCUCUGGUUAUAAUUUUUGAAUACUUUGACAUGAAAUUAUCAUUUAUACUAUUCUUGUAAAUUUGGUGAAAUUAGCUACUUAAAGGUCUUGAUUUUUCUGGUUGAUGCAUUUCUUAUUUUUGGACACUUAUGUGCUAAUAUGUUGCUCCUUG